AUGUUUCAUCUCAGACCUCUUGUGUAUCUCAACAAACUUUCUUCAGACCCCAAAUGUCACCUUCUUCUUCUUCUUCUCAAAGCUCACUCUUUCAACUUCUUUUCCACCACCAACGCAACCACUUCAGAUUCCGACCAACAAUCUUUCGCCAUAUCCUACCUCACCAACAAUUGUGGUUUAUCUCCUCAAGAUGCUCUUAAAGCAUCCAAACGACUUCGUUUCAACACCCCCGAUAAACCCGAUACUGUUAUCGCCUUCUUCAAAGCCCACGGCUUCUCCAUUCACCACAUUCAAUCCAUUAUUCUCAGGAACCCUCAGCUCAUUCUUUCCAACCCCAUCAAAACCAUUCUCCCAAAGUUUCAAUUUUUAGCCUCCAAAGGCGCUUCUCCUUCCGACAUAGUCGCCGCCGUCACCAGAAGCCCUUUUUUCCUUCGUGCAAGUCUUCACAAACACAUUAUCCCUGCUUUUCAAUUGGUAAGAACUUUCUGUCCCUCGGAUCAAAAAGCUAUUACUUCAAUCAUUUUUUGUCCCUCUUCCAUUUGUGAUGUCCGCAUGAAACCAAAUCUUCAGUUUUUACUCGAUUCCGGUGUCACUCCUUCUAGCAUUUACCGUUUGCUAUGUUCUAGACCUUCUGUAAUUUGUUCUAAUGAUUUGAGAAAAGCCGUGCAAGAAAUUAAGGAAUUAGGGUUUCACCCUUCCAAAUACAAUUUCUGUUUCGCAUUAUUGGCCAAAAGGGCUAUCACCAAAUCCCAAUGGGAUGCCAAAAUUGAUGCAUUGAAGUGCUGGGGUUGCUCUGAAGAUGCAAUUUUUAAUGCAUUUAAGAGGCAACCCAACUUCAUGCUUAGGUCGCCGGAGAAACUCAACGCAGUGAUGACUUUUUGGAUCAAACAGCUUGGUUGGGAUCCUUCAGUGCUCUUGGCAGCACCGAAUAUUUUCGAAUUUAGUCUAGAGAAAAGGAUUAUUCCUAGAGCUUCAGUUGUCCGGUAUCUUCUAUCCAAAGGUUUGAUAAAGAAAGGCGCUAGCUUGCGUGCACCGUUUAGUUUAUCUGAUGACUUGUUCAUGAAAAAGUAUGUGAAUUGUUAUGAGGCGGAAGCAUCUAGGCUAUUAAGGCUAUAUCAGGGGAAGAAUGCUAGCAUAUAG